ACAAGCAUGCGCAGACCAUGCUGAACAGGUUUGCUUUGUAUCGACUGGUACUUCCACAAACAGGUGGGCCAGGGUGGACAUAAGCGUGCUGUAAUGAUAAGAUUUGGAACAGAAAUCCAAACUAGUUUAUUGGCCAGAGCUCCGCACUUCGUGACGUGGCCUUGCACGUGCAAGUUACUUGUGGUGGCUGUUGAAUUAACACCGAAAGUCUGAGAGAAAGGAUGCUGUGAAUGUCGUUUUACUUUAGCUGCAAAAACCCAAUCCCUGUAAAGUCAACAAAUGUUUCUUCGACCAAUAGGGUACUCUAUUCUGAAGAUUAACGACAGGCGUCGAUCCGACAAGUCGUGGUGAACAUCAUGAACCGUAACAAUCCUCAUGUCCGAGACAUCUUCCACGAUCCCCGUAAAGACUUAGUACCCAACAAUUUGCAAGAGGUUUGCGUCUAUGACUAUUCUCCAGGCAGCAGAAAGAAAAAAAGGGACUUUGAUGUGCUUCCCAAUGAAUUUCUAGGGGAGGACCCUAAAAAGUUGAUUGAGGAUGGAAACGGAAAUAGCAAGUUAGAAGACUGUAACCUUGGAAACAACAAAAAUAAAAAUAAGAAGAAAAACAAAUCAUCCAUGGAUGAAAAUCGUAUUCCCUCUGAAUGUAAGAAAAACAACGCCAAUAAAAAUAGUAACUGUGGUAAUUAUGGCAUGAAAACAUUGACCGAUAAAGACAUACGUCAUCUUGAACGUCACUUGUCCAUGAAAAAGACUAUCAGGAAACAAAUUAGUAGGAAUCUUGCACAAGCUUUUGUGGAAGAUCCCAAUGCCGUUCAGUCCGAGAUUCUGUCUAACGAAUCAGCUGCUACCAGCCAACAACCCGAGAAAUCUUCUAAUCGCAGUUUCACCUUAACCCGAGCAAAGGUCACAAAAUCUGAACAGAAUGUACUAGACAUGCUUAGAGACACCAGAGAUGAUCCACAGUCGGAUUUCGCAAGUCCUUGUAACCCUUCACCUGGUGAAGAACAACAAAGGUUCCAGCGACAUGACGUAGUGCCAUCUGUAAAAGAAAACAUAUCAGAAUCCAAGGAUAACGUGGUUACAGGAGACAGAUUUUCUUUCUGGAAAAUGUUUUCUAUAUGGGGAAAAGGCAAACGUUAGGACAGAAAAUAAAAAUUGUAUACUAAACGUUUUUAGUUUGUUAAACGUGUGAGCUAUAAACUAUUUUCAACUGAGUUUCCUCUUGUCUUUCCUUGAAAAUGGUUUAUUUUUCUGCUUCAAGAAAGACAAAAAUGUUUACAAGGAAAUGUUAAACUCAGCGUGAACAAAUCUGAAUCGUCGUUAUAGCACUGAGUAUUCGCUGCGACAGAACAGAAAUACUUUUUGUUGCGAAAUAAGCAUCUCCUAUACGGUUUAUAUUCCUAUAUAAUUGUGUAAGCUUUUCUUGUUUCUAAGGUUAGGGCGACAGGCUUUCUUUUGUCAGGUGGAGGUUGUCAUUGUCUAGUCAUUAUAGAAGUAAGUAAGUAAGAGAUUGGUGCAAGUGUGAGAUAUGAAAUAGUUGACAUGACGUCACAAGUAUCCAUCUGUUACCAGACCACUUUAUUUUGGUGUAAUUUUGAUCAUUUUGUGAUCAUAAUUUGUCUGUAUAUUUGGAAACAGAUAUGUAAGAAAAUCUUAAAAAUAUAUGUAUAAAAUGCAUCAAAUCUUUUGUAUCUGAUCAUUUGUAGUAAAUUUAAUCUGCUUAUUCUACCUUAUUACUAAAUUACUUUUAUUUGUUCUGUUGGGCAAGGAACAAAUCUCGACAGUUGUGCUUAAAUAAAUGACUGUAAACCAUUUGAUGGACUAUAACAGCCUGUGGACUUUUUGGUACGGAUUGUAAAGAUAGCUAUGAUAAGAGCUGGCAGGUUACAUUAGACUGAAAAUAUUUGUUUUUGUGUACGACCGUAUCGAUAAUUUUAUUUUUCCCAAGUUUUUGUAUUGAAUUUAGCAAAAUAUCAAUUUAUGGAAUCAAUAAA